CAUCGUGUGAGGCAAGUCUUGGCUGCUGUGUGUCAUCUCUCUGCAGCUUCAUCACCUUGCUGGGCCUUGCCCUCCCUUUGGCUGGAACUGCCCUCGUGGUGGCCAGGGGCUGGGUGUCAGGGCCCAGAACAUCGCCAGAGCACGGGGCACCGUUGGCCAGUUACGGGAGUGUGCCUUUGAGAGGGACGGAGAGCAAUGGACAAAGUGACAGAGUCAGGUGGAUGCACUGCCUGGCCCACCUCUCACUGUCAGGAGCCCCGAGCAGAGGGAGAAAGUUUCUAGGGGCCAUGGAUCAUGCUCUGCAGUGCUUUUCUUGGCAGAAGAAUGUGCCCGCCAUCUGGACUACAAAGAUGCCAGGAAGCACCUGCCCUGCACCCAAUGGCAUCCGUGUCUUGAGUCUCUCGAGACACACCAGUCAGAUGACUGCAUGGCUGUCUUUGGCACUGUACCUUUAUUCUCGGAGUGGCCCCUUCUAUCUUGGGGUCAAUACCUUUUUCCUGAUCAGCGGUUGGAUAAGUGCAAGGUCAUUUCUAAGGAUGCAUCAGAAUUCAGACAAAGGAAUAACCCCUAAGGUCAUACUCAGAUACUUUUUCAGUCACCUCAUAAGGUUGCAACCUCUUCACGUGUAUUCUGUGUGCUUGUUUGUGUUUUCUCUUGUGCCCUGGGGACUUGUUUGGGAAGUGCCCAAAUUCCACUGGGAUAACUGCCGACGAGCUUGGUGGACAAAUCUGCUGUUGCUGAAUGACUUUGUGUCGAUUCGGAAUGCGUGCAAUGGCUGGACCUGGUAUCUUGCCAAUGACUUCCAGUUCCAUCUCACAACACCAGUGAUCGUCUUCAUCCACGGAAAAACUAACCGUGUCCCCCUGCCCCUCGGUGCCGCGCUGUUCUUGGCGUCUUUCACUGCCACCGCUCUGCUCACGCUGGCUUAUAAGCUCACGGUGGCGGCUCCAUCCGAAGCCAGGGAAAGCACAACUGUACUGUAUUUCUUGGUGUACUACAUCAAGCCCUACUGCCGAAUUUGGCCCUUCCUUGUGGGCCUCUUUCUGAGCAUUUUCAUGCAUCAGAACCACCAGGCAAACGUUCUCAGAACCAAGGGGCAGGCCCUGCUGGGGUGGACUUGCUGCCUGUUGAACCUAUUUGUCGUGGUAGCUCUGGCCUACGCCGUGGACGACACUUCUGUCACCUCUCCAGCUGCCACUGUGCUCUAUCAGGCCCUGCACUGGACCCUGUGGGCAGUGGCUGUGGGCUGGGUCAUCUUCACUUGCCGGGGAGGCCAUGGGUGUCUGGUGAACCUGGUGCUUUCUUUUGACAUCUGGAGCUUCCUGGCCAGCAUCAGUUAUGCCUGCUACCUGGUGCAUCCAAUUCUGAUCAUCCUGCACAAUGGACUUCAGGAAACACUUAUUCACUACACUGACACCAACAUGGUCUAUCUUUUCUCUGGACACUGUUUGCUGACCCUCGUCACUGGGCUGGCCUUGACGCUGUUCAUUGAGAAGCUGUGUCAGGAACUGAAGUGGUCCCUGCUAGGACCAAAGUCUGCAGGGCCAUGA